AUGAUUUUGUCAUUUAAGACAAGGGGAACACAAACAUUACGAACUUCACGGUUGGACUCCUUAGCAAGAACACAAAUAACGACAUUUCAGUAUCUCCACAAUGAAGCUAAUGUUCUUGUCAUUGGGGCUGGUGGUCUGGGUUGCGAAAUUUUGAAAUGUUUAGUUCUUUCGGGAUUUUCUCGAGUGGAUGUGAUUGAUAUGGAUACAGUCGACCUGUCUAAUCUCAAUCGCCAAUUCCUCUUCCGAGACUCGGAUAUUGGAAAACCAAAAGCAGUUGCAGCAGCUGGGUUUAUUAACAGACGGUUCAGCCAUCUCGGUGUUCAAGUAUCCCCCCACGUGUCGACAAUACAAGAGAAACCAGUUGAAUUCUACAGACGAUUCAAUGUCAUCAUUGCUGGACUUGAUAAUAUCGACGCGCGUCGUUGGAUCAAUUCAUUGUUACAUUCAAUGGCAGACCGUGACCCUUUAACUGGUGAUGUUGAUCCAUCUUCAAUCAUUCCUCUCUUUGAUGGAGGAACUGAAGGAUUGAGAGGUCAAAGUCGUACGAUUCUUCCGUUCAUGACUUCAUGCUUCGAGUGUUCUCUAGGGACAUUUCCUCCAAAAACCACUUAUCCAUUAUGCACGAUUGCAGAGACUCCACGCCUUCCAGAACAUUGUGUUGAAUAUGUGUAUCUCAUUGAAUGGCCCAAACAAUUCCCAGAUCAGAAAGCAGACCUCGACGAUCCUGAAGUUUUGAAAUGGAUCACCGCGCUCGCCAAGGAAAGAGCAGAAAUGUUUAAGAUCGAGGGAGUGAACGAAAUGCUGACAAUGGGGGUCGUAAAAAGGAUUGUUCCUGCUGUUGCCUCCACAAACGCACUUAUCGCUGCUAUGCUUGUUUCUGAAGCGUUGAAGAUUUCAACGUAUUGUGGUCCAGUUCUGAAUUCGUAUCUGAUGUAUAUGGGUCAAUCAGGAGUCUACACGUAUACAUUUCCAUUUGCGAAAAACGAAGUAAGGAGUCGAACGAACUCGAAUGAAACUCAAUUUCUGGAUGUAGGAGUGUUUGGUUUGUGGGGAGACAGUAGCGAGACUCAAUGUAACGAAGUCGAUGACGUUGGAGAAUCUCUUGCUGCGGCUAAAAGAGGAUCCUCGAUUUCAACUCUCGAGAGUAUCGAUCUCCACCCAAGUUCGUCUCAGAGACAGUCACGUUGUAUCUUUUUCGAAUCUUCUACAGAGAGGAAUUCUGCACAUCACGAAUCCGAUAGCAUUACGGCAACAGCAUGA